AUGGCCGGUUUGCAGAUUGUAUCGGAUCUACAUCUGGAGAAACCUGUUGCAUACGAUGCAUUUCAGAUUCCACCCAAAGCUCCCUUCCUGGCGCUUCUCGGGGAUAUAGGCGUUGUCAACGAUGAUGGCUUCUUUUCGUUCAUUCAGCGUCAGCUGCAGAAUUUCCAAAUUGUGUUUCUACUCUUGGGGAAUCAUGAACCCUAUCAUCUGACUUGGAGUCAAACAAAAGAGAAAGUCCAUGAAUUCUCUGUCUCUCUCAACCAGCGGCGUUUCCAAGAUGAUCCUCUCGGCGACUUUUUUUUCUUAGAUCAAACCCGAUUUGACCUUGACGAUAAUGUGACAAUUCUGGGAUGCACGUUGUUCUCCAAGGUCUCUGAAAAACAUCGCGAAAGCGUCAGUUUUGGAUUAAAUGACUUUUAUUAUAUCAAUGACUGGACUGUCGAAGAUCACACUAUGGCUCAUGAGGCCGACCUUAAGUGGCUGAAUGACCAGGUUGCACUCAUCGCAAGCCAGGAACCCGAUCGCCAGAUUGUUAUUUUCACGCACCACAGUCCUGUCGGUGGUGACCCACGGGCUACUGAUCCACGACAUAUCCAUAGUCCGUUGUCGUCAGGAUUUGCGACGGAUCUGUCCAUGGAGGAGUGCUGGAGGAAUACUCAAGUGCGCUUAUGGGCAUUCGGCCACACCCAUUACAAUAUUGAUUUCACCGACAAGAUGAGUCAGAAGUCAGUUGUAAGUAAUCAGCGAGGAUACUAUUCCUCUCAAGCCCAGAGCUUCGAUGUGGAAAAGGUCGUUCCUGUAGACACCCAACUUAAGUUGACCAGCACAAUUUAG